UCUGUUGAAGGCAAAGAUAUAUCCGCCUAGUCUUAGCAAACACAACAAUAUAAUAUGGCUUUCAGUAAUCGUACCAAGCCUCAUGCUGUUUGUAUACCAGCUCCGGAUCAAAGCCACAUCAAGGCUAUUCUUAAAUUAGCCAGAGCCCUCCAUCACAGAGGCUUUCACAUAACCUUUGUCAACACAGAGUUCAACCACAAGCGAUUUCUUAAAUCUCAAGGACCCAACUCCCUCAAUGGCUUACCUGAUUUUCGCUUUGAAGCUAUCCCGGAUGGCAUUCCAGAAUCAGGUGAAGAUGCCACCCAAGAGAUCACUUUGGUUUCUGAAUCCAUCAGAAAUCAUCUUUUGGCUCCAUUUCGUGACCUCCUGAUAAAACUCAACAGUACUAGUAGUCCCGUGACCUGCAUUGUUUCGGAUGGUUUAUUGUCCUGCUUUACCACCACGGCUUCAGAAGAACUUGGAAUCCCUAUUGUAUUGUUCUACACUGUUUCUGCUUGCAGCUUCAUGGGAUUCAGGAAAUUCCGAACUUUGCUUGAGAAAGGACUCGUACCACUCAAAGAUGAGACCUGUUUGACAAAUGGGUUUCUGGACAACGUUAUAGAAUGGAUUCCAGGAAAGAAAGAUAUGCAUUUAAGGGAUCUCCCAUCCUUUUGUCGAACUACAGAUCCAAAUGACAUCGUGUUCAACACUGCCAUGGAAGCAACUGAAAAAGCAAAUAAAGCUUCAGCCGUUGUUCUUCACACAUUUGAUGCUUUGGAAAAAGACGUUUUGGAAGCUCUCUCCUCAUCUAUUUCUCCACCCAUUUAUGCAAUUGGUCCUCUCCAAUUGCUUCUCAAUCAAAUACCAGAAGACCCUUUAAAGCUUAUAUACAGUCUUUGGAAAGAAGAAACAGACUGUCUCCAAUGGCUAAACUCCAAGGCACAAAACUCAAUUGUCUAUGUUAAUUUUGGCAGCAUUGUGGUUUUGACACCCGAACAGCUGCUUGAGUUUGGUUGGGGACUUGCAAAUACCAAGCUUCCCUUCUUCUGGGUCAUUAGGCCUGACUUGGUCAUUGGAAAGUCGGCAAUCUUGCCACCAGAGUUUGAAGCUGAAACCAAAGACAGAGGUUUAAUAGCAAGUUGGUGCCCCCAAGAACAAGUCCUAAACGAUCCAUCAGUUGGAGGGUUUCUAACACACAGUGGUUGGAAUUCAAGCAUCGAGAGUGUUACAGCUGGAGUGCCGAUGGUGUGUUGGCCAUUCUUUGCGGACCAGCAUACAAACAGUUACUACACUUGCAAUGAAUGGGGAAUUGGCAUGGAGAUCAAUAACAAAGUCAAGAGAGACAAUGUGGAGAAGAUUGUCAAGGAGUUAAUGGAGGGAGACAAGGGCAAGAAGAUGAAAAACAAAGUCUUGGAGUGGAAGAAACUAGCAGAAGAAGCCACUGCUCCACAUGGUUCUUCAUCAAAGAACUUGAAGGAUUUAGUGAAUCAAGUCCUAUUAAAAAAAGGCACUUAGUUCUGCUGCAUGUUGUUUUGUUUGUUUAAUCAACUGAAAAGGUGUAAUUGGCCUGUUCCUAUAUCUCAAUAACAGCUUUUGUAGCUUGAUUUCAA